AUGACGGCGGUAGACUUGUCCGAGGCAUAUCUUCAUGUGCCCAUUCAUCCACAGCACAAACGAUUCCUCCGAUUUGCAAUUGGCCCACAUCAUUUCCAGUUCAGGCCGCUACCCUUUGGCCUGGCUUCCGCCCCAAGGGUCUUUACGAAGAUCCUCGUGACGGUCAUGGCGGUUCUCAGACAGGAAGGGAUCCAGGUACAUCCAUACCUGGACGACAUCCUGAUCUGUGCCCAGUCCAGGGAGCAGUCCGUCCAACAUACUACAACAGUAGUACAGAUACUCCAGGCCCAUGGUUACAUAAUCAAUUUCAAAAAGAGUUCCUUGAUCCCUUCUCGCUCCUUAGUACACCUGGGGGUUCGGAUAGAUUCUCAGACAAAUUCCCUUUCCCUACCCCCGGAGCGAGUUUACAAAAUUGUCAAUUUAGCUUCUUCCGUAAUCAAGUCGAGGUCAACACGUCUAAUGAGGCUGGCAAAGCUCUUAGGGCUCAUGAUGUCAUGUAUUGCAGUGGUACCCUGGGCUCGGUUCCACUCGAGACCCCUUCAGUGGCUAUUAAGACCCUUUCACAAGGACAUAGCCAAAAAGAGGGACAGACCCAUCCAUAUCACCCAGAAGGCAAAACUGGGAUUACGAUGGUGGACACACAGACCAAAUCUCCAGAAGGCAAGUCAAUACAUCCACGACGAGCCUCUUCAGCUAUUUACAGAUGCCAGCUUGGAGGGUUGGGGAGCCACCCUCAGCAGGCACAUGACACAAGGCCGCUGGUCUCCAGCAGAGAAAAAACUUCAUAUCAACCUUUUAGAAAUGAGAGCAGUCAGACUAGCUCUUCUCAAAUUUUCUUCAGUCCUCCAGGGUCACCAUGUGCUCGUGAGGACGGACAACACAACCACGAAGGCCCACAUAAACAAGCAGGGGGGGACCAGGUCAUCCUCCCUUCACCUGGAGGCGAUAGCGAUUUUUUCAUGGGCUCAAAUACACCUCAAAUCGAUACGUGCAGAGCAGAUAAAAGGGGCCCUCAACAUCCAGGCGGACUGGCUCAGCCGUCAGACUGUAGACGAGGGAGAGUGGUCACUAGAUCACGAUGCCUUUCAACUAAUUAUUUCCAAAUUUGGCAUCCCUCAGGUAGAUUUGUUCGCCUCAGACACAAACGCCAAACUUCCCAGAUUUUACACAAGAUACGUUCAUCAGAGUGCAGAAGGCACAGAUGCCUUGACCAGUCCUUGGCCCAAAGGCCUAAUGUACGCCUUUCCUUCGUUACCUAUCAUACCCAAGGUUCUAAGGAAAGUUUUCCAAGAGAAGGCCAACAUAAUACUCAUCGCGCCCUUUUGGCCCCGCAGACCGUGGUUUGUGACCCUUCAGCAAUUAUCAGUCCAGGAACCAUGGAAGAUCCCUACUCAUUGGGGAACACUUCGCCAGGGCCCUCUAGAUGCCUUGGAAGAGUUUCAGCGUUAUCUCAAUGAAAAGAUCAGUUACGGCAGUCAAGCUUCCAUGAAAUUGUCUUCUGCAGAGCACACUUACAAGGAAGUACUGGAUGAAUUACAUUUGGAGUGGCAGAACAUUUCCUCACUUUUGCCAAGUCAAAGCUCUGUGGGCACAGCCUUAAAAACAAGCACAAUGGACACCAAGGCAAAUAGUGUGUUUCCUGAGGGGCUGUCAUCACCAGUAACUUCUUCUGAGGGGACUUCAUUGGACCAUGAAGGAACAAGGAGAGCCUCCGCUGGACAAACUGUACCACUGUUGGAUAUUUCACUAACAAGCAAUGAGGCAGUCUUAAGUGAUGAUAGAUUUAUUAGCUCGUUUCCAAAUGCACAAUGGACUCCUUCAUUAAAGUCUUUUACAGAGGGCUAUCCUUCAGGUCCCUAUCCGGCAAAGCCAGCAAAAGAAAAUUUGCAAGUGUUAUUGUUAGCGCCUUCGUUACCUGUCCUCUCCUUGCCACCUGACUACACGGAAACGCUGCAGGCAACGUGGACUGCCUCUGUCCGUCAUGUUCCUCCUCCACAUUCGAACCCUUUUGACACCUCAGGUGUAACUCUGACUCCAAGCAGAGACUUGCUUAUGCCCACGACUAACAUAGAUAUUAUUUCCUUAAGUUCCAUGGCAAGUAAAGUGGUAGAAGGAACAGCCAGAAAAGAGGAGGACAGUUUGCUCUUUCAUACCAGUUCUGCAACACAUUUGCUUUUUGAUACUACUGCAGUAGGGUCGCCCCAGUUUAUGAGACAGCUAGAAGAGCGUACCCAAAGUGUGCCAGACAUUUUGACAAGAAGUACUAAAAUAUACACUGAAGCCUACCAUAGUAUAAGCAGUAGUGUAACAGAAGCACUUAGUCAAAGGAGCUCACCUGUUCUGAACUUUUCAAGGGACAUUCCUGUUUGGACAAGUGACAUGGAGGCUGCUGCAUCUUCAAUUCAUCUUCCAUUUGUUUUUCAGCCCUCUCCCUCAGCUACCAUUUUGGCUGAUAGUCUUUUUAAUGAGAAAUUGUUUACACAUGAGCUUCCUCAUAUAUCUUCUAGCAGUACAGAAAAAGAUUUGCCAGACAAUUCAGAAAGACAAACUCAAGUUGAGUUCUUCAGUGUCUUCACAAGCCCAGUGCCUUUCACUAGACCAUACACUUCAUGUUCAUACUGUGACUUCAUUUCAGUUUCUUCCGAGCCAGUUUUUUCAGUGGAGCCAUCAGAAAGUGAUGUGGGUUCAGGUGACUAUGCUGAGACGUUAUCAUUCCUCUCCUCUGAAGCAAGAGGAGUUUCCCCAUUUACAUCGGCAGUCAGCGAUCUGUAUGAGGUACAGGAGCCUCCUCCUGAAGUCUUUGAUACUAGCUUUCCCUCAAGGCCUGUUGUUUCAUUCUCUUCAAAGUUUACAGACGUCUCUACAUCAAGAAUUGUGGAUGUUAGCCUUAAAAAUAUAUUUACAUCAUUUCCUGCUUCCUAUAGUCAGUCUUCUGAGGUAAUACCAUUAGAAAGUACUUCUGUCAUUUUAUCCUACCCUGUGACUGAAACGAUUAUGUUAACACCUAGUGUUACUGAAGAACUACCCUUUUAUGUCACUACGGUUACCCUUGAGUCUACCUUCCCUGAAAAUGUAGGUACUCCAUCCAUGACAAUCAAGAAUUCAAGCCUACUGGAAACACCUGAAUUUAUGCCAUCAGAAUCUGCACUUUUCUUUGAUACUACAGUUGUGGGUUUCCCAACAGAAGAAUCUCCUGUCAAUACAUUGGAUAUUUUGUCCAGUUUUUCAUUAUUGCCUUUUUCUUCUGAGCCAAAUGGCUUGUCACAUUUGUCAUCGUCUACAGCCACAUCUUUCUUGAUAAUGCCAAGUGAUUUGUCAACAUUUUUACCUCAACUUUCACCCACAUUCCUUCCGUCAUCUGUGCUUUUUGACAGUUCUUCUAGCUGGGGAUCAGCUGAGCUUCCCAGUGUUACCAUCACAAGCACAGAGGUUUCCCAAUCUCUUUCAUGGCAAACAUCAUUUUUUAAUUCAAACUCAUCUUUUGUUCCAGUCACACAGAGUCCUACAAUAGUGCCAUCAAGUUUCUAUAUGAACUCCUCUGUUUUACUGGAACCAACAUCAAUCUUACUAAUGGAAUCUGAAAAUUAUUUUACCUCAGAAGCUACCUCUCAGUUCAAGUUAACAUCCUUAGCUAUUGAUGCGACCAUUCCUACACUGGUGCUGUCCAUCUCUGUCUCAGAGCCUGUUUUCACCAGCAAUAUCAUGGAGAAUGAAACUCACAUGUCCUCAUGGUUCACCUCUUUGCAGACAACCCCUGUUUUGACAUCUUCACUCUUUUUCUCUACUGUUAUAAGUGAGGAUGCUGGUGCUACUGCUAACAAUUUGGUUUCUUCUGCCCCUGAGGCAGCUGCUACCACAACAAUUUUUAUUACAAGGCCAAAUAUGCCACCAUUGGCCACAGAUGUAAGCAGCAUUACACCUUCCCCCACUGAAUCUAUGGGCAUGGUGUCGUCAUCUGUGCCUACAGAGAUGCCUUCAUCUGUGAUAAUGACAACAGAGUCUGUCAUUCCAACAAGAACUAGUGUGAAUGAAUUUACCAGCAUGAGAACCUUUACUGCCAUGACCCCUAGUAGCACAAAAGGUCUUUCUACAAUUACCAGCAGUACACCAAGUUCUUCUACAUCAUCUUCAAUUUCUGCAUUGGUCACUACUCCUCAAGUUACAGUGGCAACCACAACCAGGCAACCCUAUGUUUGCGAUAUCACAGUUCCUGAUAAAUAUUUAGUCACAGCAGUGCUGACCCGGAAAUCUGUCCUAGAAAACAUCAGUGAAUCCAUCAAAGAAAUCUUGAGAAUUGAGUUCAGGAGAUUAGUGGAACUGGAGGUUUAUAGACUUUCUCCGAAAUUCUCUUUUUUGGUGACCUCGGGUCCAUUUGUUUACACAGCAAUUGCUGUCAUAAACGCUCUUGUGAACAGCAGCCUUCUUCGUGGUCAGGUACCUCUAAUUUCAUCACUGCAACCGUCUUUCACUGUCCCAGACUGCAAAUUCCAUGUACAGACUGUGCUUCAGUUCGUGCCUCAAAACGUUGACAUCCGAGUCUGUAACUUCAGUCAGCGUAUUGAAAAAGGGCUGACUGUUGCAUUUGGGGAAGUGAGGAAACAUCAUGUGGACAUAUCUAACUUCUCCGUGCAGAUAUUGAAUAUAACCCUGGGUAGGUCUAGAGCAGUAUAUCGUCAAGGCCCUGUUCAAAUUGUAUUUGCCAUCCGAGAGAAACGUGGUUUCUUGAAUGGGUCUGAAGUCAGUGAAUUGCUAAGGAACCUGUCUGUGGUGGAGUUCAGUUUCUACUUGGGCUUUCCUGUGCAGCAAAUUGCAGAACCUGUUUAUUACCCUCAGCUGAACACAUCUCACUUGAUGAAAUCUUCCUGGGUGCGAACAGUUGUUUUGGGUGUCAUAAACAAGAAAAUCCAAGAGGACGUAUUCCAGGCUGACAUGGAGCGGAAACUAGCCCAGUUAUUAAAUGAGGCCUUGGGCAGAGGGCGGAUAUGGAGAAGGGCAACUUUUGCCGGGAACAGUGUUGUGCAGAUUGUGAAUGUUUCACAAACAGAGGGCAUUGACAACCCAGUCAUGCUGGUUUAUUUCGUGGAGGAUCAGGAUGGUGAAAGGCUCAGUGCUGUGAAGAUAUCCGAUCUGAUUAAUAGAGUGGACAUCCAAAGAGCUGCUAUUGUCCUAGGAUACCGCAUUCGAGGCCCGGUGGCACAGCCUGUGGAAAGAAUUAAAGAAUCACCUCCAGAAUCUCAGAACAACCUAUGGAUUAUUGUUGGUGUUGCAGUCCCUGUGGCUGUGGUACUGCUCAUCAUCAUCAUUUUAUACUGGAAGCUCUGCCGCAGUGACAAGUUGGAGUUUCAGCCAGACACCAUGAGCAACCUUCAACAACGUCAGAAGUUGCAAGCCCCCAGCGUGAAGGGCUUUGAUUUUGCAAAGCAGCAUUUAGGCCAGCACAACAAAGACGACAUCCUGAUCAUACAUGAGCCGACUCCUCUGCCGGGGCCAAUUAAGGACACCACCCCUUCAGAAAACGGUGACCUGCCGAGCCCCAAGACCAAGAUCUCUUCAAAGCCAUCCAAGAAUGUCCGACACAGAGGGAGAGUUUCCCCCUCUGAUGCUGACUCCACAGCAAGCGAACAGUCUAGUGGACGUGAAACAGGAGAAGAAACUACAAGGCCACACACUGCUGUGAAUGAGGCUAAACAUCACAGAGUCGGCAAGACAGGAGUAAACAGAGUUGGCCCUCCACAGAUGGGUAAUGGAACAGAGCAACACUCCUCGGCCUCCAUCUUUGAGCAUGUGGACAGGAUGUCGCGAUCCUCAGAAGUCAGCAGGAGAGUCCCCAACAAGAUCCAGUUGAUUGCCAUGCAGCCCAUAGCAGCACCUCCAGUUCAGAACCAGCCCCUUUCUGACAGAGUCGCGGAGACCAACAAAAUUAACAAGGAGAUCCAAACAGCCCUGAGGCAUAAAUCUGAAAUAGAACAUCACCGCAACAAGAUCCGACUUCGAGCCAAGCGCAAAGGACACUACGAGUUUCCAAUUGUGGAUGACAUGAUUAUCAUUGACACCAAAGAGCAGCAGAGAAUGUAUCGCAAGGCACAGAUGCAGAUAGACAAGAUCUUGGACCCUGGGGGCAAUAUGCCGACUGUCUUCAUAGAGCCCAGAAAGAGUUCACGGGCUAAACGUUCCCCAAGGCAACGCAGGAGACAUCAACUAAAUGGAAGCCCGAUGGAUGCAGACAAGGACAGGCUGAUCACUACUGACAGUGACGGGACGUACAAGAGGCCUCCAGGAGUUAACAACUCUGCGUACAUCUCUGAUCCCGAUCUUCCUGCUGAACCCCAAACACCUUCGUCGACUGAGCUGGGGAAGUACUCAGGCCUGCCCCCACACCCGUCUCAGUACACACCUCCUCAACCUUCCAUUGAAGAGGCCAGGCAGACCAUGCAUUCUCUCUUGGACGAUGCCUUUGCCUUGGUGGCCCCCAGUAGCCAAACCACCAGUUCUGCUGCCAUCACGCACCCUGGAGGCUCAGGGGGACAGCCGGCAAACAACACGCCUGUUCGAGCUCCAAGAGAGACCUCAAGCAACCAGUGGGGGUCUCCCUAUGGCCCAACUCACACAAGAUACAUGGAAUUUGGGAUGACUCCUCCAUCAGCACCGGGCCUGCUUCAAAGGCAAAACGUUGGCUCGGGUUUCCUUCCCCCUGUUGAACUAAUGCAUCCAGAUCAGCAGGCAUCUGAUGUUCAGUAUUCCAGCAGAGGGCUCUACUCAGAGGAAAUGCCCUCAGUAGCACGGCCACGACCAGUUGGAAGCACUGCAGGUUCUCAGAUACAGCACCUCACUCAGGUGGGAAUUGCUAGCAGGAUCGGAGGUCAACAAGUGGAGAUACCCUCAGGCAGAGCAGGGCAUGGCCAGCCGGGGGAACCUGGGUGGCCCCCGUAUCGUGGAGAGGAUGAAUAUGCUAGGAGAGAUGCAACGCAUACGCCUGGACAUCAAGAAUAUUCCUCCUCACCAGUGUUCCAGAUGCCGAGGACUUCGGCCCGACAGCCCUCAGCGCCACCUGUUCAGCUUCCACCCAGCAACCCCCCAGGCCUGGGACUCUGCUACAGCACCAGCUCCACUGAGGACCUGCAGCCGGGUCACUCUUCGGCCUCCCUCAUCAAAGCAAUCCGCGAGGAGCUGCUCCGGCUCUCUCAGAAACAGACAGUGGUGCAGAAUUUCCACAGCUGAUUUUCCGCGCCCUUGCAAAUCUGCCAGGUAUCCGCUUCCUGUGGAAGCAAGACU